GAUGACAUGAGAGUCCAUUGGUGCGGCUGCUAGCAAACUACAGUUAAACUAGUAAAAAGUAGCCUCUCCUCCAGAGGUUUGUUCUGUAAAUAUUUUUUUACAUGAGAAUCAAAAAGAAGUUUCCUGAGCAGAAGAGAGAGGCUGUCUAAACUAAGCUGAGUCGAGGCAAUGUGGGGGACUUCCUGAUUUAAGCUGGAAGCACAGGCUAAAGUCAGCCACUAUCAUGGCUUCAAGAACUCUUUGCCAGUGGGGACCAGCCUGAUUUGGAAAUUACACACCACCUUUAACAACAUACAGGGAAGCGUAUUAUGUUGCACAGUUGCUACCAAAAAAUUUAAAAUGAAUCAGAAGGCGGUAUCUGACAGUACAGGCCUGAGGGAUGUCUUUGACAUACUCGUCAGCGUCCCACCGGAGCAAGUCUUGAGCCUGACAUUCCAGCUUGGGGAGUCUCCUGAAGAUAAUAUCAUACAUGCCUUGUGUCUGAUUAUUCUCCGUAAAGAGGAGCAAGCCCUGGACAAACUUGGCCGACUGGGGGACCAUGACCUCGCCAAGCAUCUUUGUGAACUAUGGAUGAAGAGCCAGGGUAGAUUAGAAGACUUUGCGGACCACUGUGGUGAAUCCGGCCACUUACCAGGAGAAUCUUUGGCAGCGUUGGCUCGUGUUUUUAAAAUUCUGUUCAACCACAGAUUGUGUGAUCAGCUUUUAAGGAAUCUUGCCUACAAGAGGGCCCUUUCCAGUGACGGUCCAAAAACAAGAGAGGGUGAGGAUCUGUUAUAUGAUCCGUUCAGAGAGGAAGCUAAAGCUGUGUGUGGGCCACAGCUUGCUUUGUGGAUGUGCCCCUCCAGGGAUCUCAAAUCAGGCUCUUAUCAUGAUGCCCCUAACAGCCUGGUUGAAGGUGUUACAAACCAGGUCAGAUGCUUUCCCAGCACACUGCAGUCAAGCUGCUCUGAGCCUUCUUUUCCCACACAUCUGGAGAUCAGCCUGCCCCCGACAGUCCUUUACGAGGAGGACAAAAUGACUCCAGAAGCACCAGGAAACCCUGAACAAAGCCUUAUUACGCCUGCUGUGAGCGACAACAAUUCUCCUGAGGAAGCUCAAUUCUCGUCUGUGUUGUCGCAGCCAAGAUGCAGUGACCUACCUGGCUGUGAAAACUCAAAGAUGGAUGUAGCAUCUCAAAGUGAGCACAGAAAGCAUAAGGAUUUCACCAAGAAAGAACCUCUGAACCAAAGCACCACAACAACCAUGGUGCCUUCCCUGGCUUCUGCAACAAACAACAUUCUACCCAAGAGCACUGUUUCAAUGGAGAUGGAUAAGGGCAAAAGCGCAGACGAGGAGGAGGAAGAAGAGGUAAUAUUUUACUCAUUUGUCAUCCUACACGCUCCAGAAGAUAGUGAAGUAGCAGAGAUCAUGAAGGAAAAACUAGAGACUGUCAUCGGUCAUAAGGGUGCAACUUUCUCAGAGGACUUUGCCAUACCUGGAAAGAGUACCCUAAAGUGCAUAGAGGAUGCUAUCAACAACUCGGCCUUUACUCUACUGCUGCUCACCCGCAACUUCAACACACGCAUGUUGGAGGUGAAGACCAACUCGGCCCUGAUCAACUCCAUUAACAAGCAACACAAACACAACACAGUCAUACCUUUGCUACCAAAGGACAACCGCAUGCCCAAACACAAACUGCCUAUCGUGUUGCAGACUUUGGUUCCCCUUGAGGAGAGCAAAUGCUUUGAGAACAAAAUAAAAAAGGUUUUGUCGUCAGCAAAAAUUAAUCACCAAAGAAGAAUUUGGUCUGCAGAGCAGAGAACACAGGGGCGUGAAGCAGCACAUAUGCUGAGAAAACUCGACAUUCUCCGGCAUUCAGGGGACAUUCCCAGUGAGGCAUCAGUCUGGCAGCAGCAUCCAAGCAUUCAUAUUGAAAAUGCUAAGUAUAUUAUGAUUGGUAAUGACUCGCAAAUGACUGUGGAUUACUGUGGAGUUGCAGAGAAAGACAAUUCAAUAGAUACAGAAGACAGGAAAUAAAAUCCCAAUUGGUAUGAAUUAUAUCAGAAAUCAAAUUAUUUUUAAACACUAAUAUACUUUUUUAAAGCUGUGCAUUAUCACCACGACAUCUUAGGUGAAUAUUCAGCUAUUUGCACAUGAAAAGCCAUCUUUUUUAUUCCAAAAAUAUUAAAUAAACUCAAUGAUUAGGUAACUACUGCUAUCUGCUGGUCAAUGUGUGAUUUACACGUCGUUUCUUCAUGUCCUGCAGGAACACAUUACAAGCACUGGGGGGAGGUAGCAGUUCCUAAAAGCUGCUGCAUGGUCAUCCAAUGUAAAAUUGUUUGCAAACUGUUAAUGAUUAUAAUAAACAUGUGCUACUCUUACAGUUAGAAGACUGUAGACUUUGUAUUAAUUUAUUUGGGCUCCAAUUUAGCAUUUAAGAAUAGGUCGUUCUAAAGGGAUGGAACAUGAACCAUGAAAAUGGUUGACGUGUAAAAACGUGUUUUAGUUAAAUGUACAAUAUAUAUUUAUGUACUGCGCUUCUUUUCUAAAAUCACGUGUUUUUUCUCUAGUUUGUGCAGUGCCAGUUUUGAAAGCUGCCUUUAGCACAUUUAACAGGUUUUCCUUUGUGUGUGUGUUCUUAUGUGCCAUCGGGAGUCUGUGUUCCCAUCUGGAGAACUAAUAUUGAAUAAUGAGUUUCCCAAAUACAAUUUGUGUGCCUCUUUGUGUG